CCAGAAAGGGAGAUUUCCAUAACUCCCUUUUGCAAUUUCAAUCCCCAUUAUCUCAUUAUCAGAGAGAAAUUGGGAAAAAUUCAAUUCAAUUCAAUCCAAUCCAAUUCAAUUUCAAUCCUAUCCAAUUUCUAGGGUUAGAGUAUUUCUCACCAAGCAAAACCCAAGAAAUUCCCAAAUCAAAUUUCCCACCAAUCCUUUAUGAUUCCUCCGUUUGAUAAAAACAACCACCCAAUCAGGAUUCUGAUUCCCACCCAAGGUUGGACUGCCUUUUCCAGAAGAAGGGCAUCUUUCAUCUUUCUAUUAAUCUUGUCCCAAUCCCUCUAUUUCUUCUGCACAACCACCGCCACCGCCGCCGUAACUGCCACUGAAACCGCCCAAACCAUGAAGGUCCACCCCAUGCCCAGGAAGCGCAACAUCACCGUCCAAUACAGCUCAAGAAACUCAGUUUCUGAAGCGCAGGCACUUUUGGGUCCGAACCACAAGAAGCUCCGCCGUCUCCCCCAUGUCUUCAGCCGGGUCCUGGAGCUCCCCUUUCGAUCCGACGCCGACGUUCUGGUCCAGGAGAACCCCGAUUGCUUCCGAUUUGUCGCCGAAGCCGAUAAUAUCGGCGACGACGUCAGGGCCCAUACCGUCGAAAUCUAUCCCGGGGUGACCAAAAUCGUCGUUCGGGAAAGUGGGUCGGUGGAAUUAACGUUGGACGAGCUGGAACUCGAUAUGUGGAGGUUUAGGCUGCCGGAAUCGACUCGGCCCGAGCUGGCCAGCGCGGUUUUUGUUGACGGGGAGCUUAUCGUGACGGUGCCGAAGGCCAAGGGGGUGGGGAAUUCGGACGGUGGUGAUGGUGGCGGAGAGGUUUGGGGCGGUGGCGACGGGAAUGGGGGCGGGGGUUUCAGAGGAGGUAUGGGUAACCGCCUUGUGCUUGUACAGUAAUUAUCUCUGUUUUUUUUUUAACCUUUUUACUUCUUUGGGCUAUAAUUUUAGUUGUUCCAAUUAAAUUGGAUUUAGCUUGCAACCCUUUUGAGGCUGUUGUUGGUGGAACUAGUUGUUAUAUGCUGCUUGUUGAAUGAAAGAAAUGUUGGUUUUGGCGACGAUGA